AUGUCAUUCAACCUUACGCCGGAUGCGUGCAGCCAGCUGAUGCAGGAUGCCCCGCCAGACUUUUCCCCCGUCUUACAAAUUUUGUCUGUGAAGCAGGUAAACACCGGCCCUGCAGGGCCUCCUCGGAUGCGCGUGAUUAUUAGCGAUGGACAGCAUUUCACUCAAGCGAUGCUGGCAACACAACUCAACCACCUGACGGACAGGCCAGAAGAAGACACACCUGCGGAACUGGACAAAAACUCUGUCAUAAAAUUAGAAAAGUUCGCCAGCAACAGCGUUCAGAAUAAGCGCCUCAUUAUUCUCCUCGAUCUCUCCAUUCUAGGCAAUGCAGGCCAGAAGAUCGGCAACCCGACUUCGUACGACGUCGCGAAGGCCGAGUCCCAUGCUCAGGCCAUUUCUGCUCCCGCUCCUGCUGCCCCGCCCAUUACUGUACAGAAGUCACACCAACCAGCACCUGGUGGUACGCGUUCAGCAAGUAUGCCGAAGAACGGUGGUCCGAUCUUCCCUAUCGAGGGUCUAAGCCCGUACCAAAAUAAGUGGACUAUUAAAGCACGCGUGACCAACAAGAGCGACAUCCGCCACUGGAGCAAUCAAAAGGGGGAAGGGAAGCUGUUUAGCUUUACCUUAAUGGAUGAAACUAGCGAGAUCCGGGCUACUGCGUUCAACCAGCAGGUAGACGAAUUUUACGACAUGAUCCAAGAGGGCAAGGUCUACUUCUUUUCUAAGGGCCGUAUCGGUCCUGCAAAACGGCAAUUCAACAACGUGUCCAACCUCUACGAAAUCACAUUUGAACGGAACACAGAAGUGGAGCCUUGCCUCGAUGCAGGCGACGUUCCUGAGGUCAAGUAUCAAUUUGUCACGUUAGAGGGUCUGCAGGAAGUACCAAAGGAUGCGACUUGUGACGUCAUUGGAGUUGUCACCGAAGUCGGUGAACUGGGGGAGAUCCUUGCGAAGGCGACCGGACGUUCAGUACCGAAGCGUGACAUCUCGAUCGUUGACCGGUCUGGAUUCUUUUGCCGUCUAACGCUCUGGGGAAAAUCUGGCGAGACCUUCCAAGCGCCAGAUCAGCCUAUAAUCGCGUUCAAAGGCGUUCGCGUAAGCGACUUCAAUGGUCGGAGUUUGAGCUUCCAAAGCUCGAGCCAGAUGUCUAUCAAUCCGGACAUUCCCGAUGCUCAUCAGCUUCGCGGUUGGUACGAUUCGAUCGGGAAUAAUCAGCCGCAUCACACGUUCUCUUCGGCAGCUGGCGCCGGUGCUGGUGGCGACCGUGGUCAGUUCAAUCGUAACGAGCUGAAGACGAUCGCCCAAGUGAAGGAUGAAGGCCUUGGCAUGGGCGAGAAGAACGAUUUCUUUACAACUAAGGCAUCCGUUAUCCAUGUGAAGCAGGAGAAUUUCGUGUAUCCUGCCUGCAGAAGUGAGAAGUGUAACAAGAAAGUUGUGCAGACGAGCGACGGGCGCUGGGAGUGCGUCAGUUGUGGACUGACCUUUGACGAGCCGGAGUAUCGGUAUCUGUUAAGUAUCAGCGUUGCUGAUCACACAGGGCAAGCCUGGCUCUCGGCUUUCAACGACGCCGGUGAUAUGCUUUUCGAGAUGAAGGCUGGCGAGUUACAAAACCUGAAAGACACCGACGAGACACACUUCUCCAAGGUGAUGAGCGAUGUGCGGUCGAAGAUGUACAACUUCUCGUGCCGUGCUCGUCAAGAUACAUACAAUGACCAGACCAAAGUGCGGUACAACAUUACACGAAUGACCAAGAUUGACUUGAAGACGGAGAUGAAGGCAUUGGUGGACAAUAUGAAGGCGUAUCUGUAGGUUGUGCAUUUUUCCACCAUUACAUGACUUGUUUUGUCUCCAGUUUUGUUUUUCUAACCUACUCGUGAAUGUAAUUCUACUCCACCACCUAGUAUGGCAACAUGCUGUUCCC